UAGACUCCUUGGGCUGAAUAUUUAAAAAUAAUUCAGGCCACCAUUCUGGAUGAUGACAAAAUCCACCAAUGAAAGUGGGUAAUUAACCAUCUAAGAAAUAUCCCUCUCCUCAAAUAAAUCCUUUUACUGAUAAUUCAACACCAUAUACAUUUCAGUGCUCCACCCCACUGCCAAAUUCUGUUUGCAGAAAGGUCCGAACGUCAAGGUAGUCGCUGAAGACCAUAUUUUCUUCAGUUUUAUUUACACAGUUUUAAAGCAUGUUCACAGAACCCAGGCAAUGCCAGGGCUAGUGGGCUGGAUAAACUCGAAAAGCCAAACAUAUGGCGGGUGGCUGUAAGGAGGAGGGGGCUGAGGGCUCUUCCCUUGAGUAAUGUUUGCGCUGCAGACCCUCCUCAUUGGACUGCGUCAGGGGAAGUGGCACCGCUCUGAGGUAGGGAAAGAAGGUUAUAAAGGGGGGAGGGGGAUCCGGCACUCAGGGUCUCAAAGAAGCUUUAAUAAAAGGCAAAGUGCAUCUUUGUCGAAUGGUGUUGGAAAGAAAAAACAAAAUCGAAGACUAAAAAGGUACUAGCGUUUCUGCUUCUUGAAACACUCAUCUUAGGCAACACACUACAAGCCAGGUCACCGUCACCUUCCCUGCGUCUGCAAUACCUGCCCUUCCAUGAGCUUACCAAGAGCCAAGCGCAGUCGCUUCACACCGCAGCCCAGCUUCCGAAGGUCGGAUGGAGAAGACGGUGAAAUUGACGUCCUGGGAGAGGAGGAAGAUGAAGACGAGGAGGAAGAGGAAUACCAGGAGGUGGAGGGGAGCCCGAAACACCUAGAACGGCCGCACCAGCCCGGGCCUCAGGGGGCCUCUGCGAUUCCAGUUCCCAGAGAGCGCACCGAGGGUGGCUACGGCCAGAGCGACUCCACGGAGUUUGUCAGCAAGUUCAGGGCUCAGACCAGGUCCGCGGCGGCCUCUGGGGAUGCCCCGCAGCCGACCAAGCCCCCCUACUCGUACAUCGCACUCAUCACCAUGGCCAUCCUGCAGAGCCCGCACAAGCGUCUCACGCUCAGCGGUAUCUGCGCCUUCAUCAGCGGCCGCUUCCCCUACUACCGCCGCAAGUUCCCAGCCUGGCAAAACAGCAUUCGUCACAACCUCUCGCUCAACGACUGCUUCGUCAAGAUCCCCCGCGAGCCGGGCCAUCCCGGCAAGGGCAACUACUGGAGCCUGGAUCCCGCCUCCCAGGACAUGUUUGACAACGGCAGUUUCCUUCGACGAAGGAAGCGUUUCAAGCGCCACCACCCGUCCCAAGGCGGUCACUUGUACCACCCUUUCCCACUGCCCACAGCGCCCGCCAACCUGCAGGGCCCCCACCCAGGCCUCCUGCUUGGGUCCCCGGUCCCGACGCAGCCUGUCCCGGGGGCCUAUCCCACCACCACACCCGGGAGCGGCCAGUGUGCACUGCUGCACCCACAUCCACUACGCUACCUGCUGCUCUCAGCUCCGGCCUACGCUGAAGCGCCCAGGAGUGCGGAACGCGCGGACUUGGCAAUUCCCAGCACUCUCCAGUCGCUGCAGCCCUCAAUGGGCUCACAGCCUUGGGAGGAGGGCAAGGGCCGGGUGUCCCUGCCUAGAGGCGGGCACACCUCCUUCAGCAUUGAGAGUAUUAUGCAAGGAGUCAGCACUGAAGGAAGAAGGGCCACGCAGAGUCUGCCCCCGACUCCAUGGGGCUACUGCCACCUACUCCAGCACCCGUCGUGCCUGUUGCACCCCCAGGGCCCUUUGCUGAACGUGUCCGCCGCUCGGACAAUUUUACUACAGCAGCAGCAGCAGCAGCAGCAGCAGCAGCAGCAGCAGCACUGUGUCAGCAGCUGUGCUACCAGCAAAGGCAGGCUGUUGGGCCGGCACCUGUCCGCCGUCGCAGCGCUGCUAAGGUACCAGCCGGUAGCAGAGGGCUCUAGACCGACUUCGCUGGCCGCCUCUUCUGGUGGAGAGGGGACUUCACCAGCCUUUUGAUUAGUAAGGACACCCUGCCUCCUGGCCAACCCCGCUGGGCGCACCUGGAGUCAGGUGUCAGAGCGGUACCAUCCACUGUCCUGCUCCAUCACCGCCUGAAGCUUCCACAGUUUUUCCGAUUUGCAUUUUUCCUGACGAACUAUGAACAAGAAUGGAAUAUUUUCGCUAUGGUAUUAAAAGAAAAACAAAGAAAGCAGAGUCUCCAAUGCAGAGUUUCCCCUUCUUUACUCCCUAGGAACUGCAAGUAUGCCCGAGAAUAGUGCAGAAUGCGAGAAUAGUGCAGAACGCGUAUGCUCUCUGUGUCCUCCUGAAAUCCAUAUCUAAUACAAAGGAAUUUCAAUUUCAGAACAUUUAUUUCUUAUGUUUAUUUGAUGUGCCAUAUUCCAUGGGAGAGUGUUAAAAUGAAGCCUUGCUCUACAAAUUAAAUAAAAUUCUAAAUCCCAACA